AUGGGUUGGUUUUGGGGCGACAGCAAAUCUGACCCGGUUGACAAGCUCGAACCGGGUCUUCGCGACUAUCUCGAGAAGGAGCAGCCCGAGAAAUACGUCCCUGCCGGUGUGAAGCCGCCGACUCCGACGCCUACGCAAACAUCCGAACCUUCUGAUUCCUCGAAACCAACAGUCCCUGCGGCUUCCCUUUACCAAGAUGGUCGUUAUGCCGACCUUUGGAAGACAUAUAAGCCACCGAUGGAGAUCGAUGAGAGUAAUGGAGUCCGCGGGGCGGAGCGAGUGAUUGAGAAACACAAGGAGCGCGGCGACACAGUUCAACGGGCAGCAAUGGAGAACUGCGCUUUGGAACAUGAAGCCUUGACCACCUGCUUCCAGACUGGCAACUGGCGCAAGCAAAUUGAGGCCCGAUUGACUAUGUGUUCCGCGGAGAACGGCACUUUCUCUCGAUGCUUCACAACCCAAACCAAAUUCCUCCAAGCUCUUGGCUACGCAUCCUCCUUCUCAUAUGACGCCGAAAAAGAAGAGCGCAUCCAGAUGCACGCCGACAAGCUCUACCACCAGAUGCUAGACUACGAAAAGCGAAUCGAAGAAGCCAAGGCCGCCGGUCUUGAGCCACCUCCUAUUGCAUCCCUGUUCAAUCCAGAGCAGAUGCCCCCUGCCGAGAAGAAGCCUGGUCUGGAGAUCCCCGGAGGCGAGCCCAUCCCCGCAGGAUUCAAACCCUCCAAGCCGCUACAAAAGCUCACACCUCAUGAGCGAGAGCUAGAGAUCAGGGCGCACUAUGCGCAACUGGAGCAGCAAAAGUUAUACGUGGAGGAGGUCGGACCUUUCAUGAAGAAUCACGAUACUACAAGGGACAAGCGGCGGGAGAAGGCAGUCAGUUGGUUUGGAGAGACCAUUGGCAGCUGGGUGUCGUAA